AAACCUAGCUAGAGUAACAUAUUUCAAUCGCAGUCCUAAAUAUCUUUUCAAUCUACACCUCGAAUUGACGCUUCCUACUUGCCAUGACAAAGAAACAGAAGAAUCCUCUGAAAAAUGGGGAUGCAAACAACGUUUCCGAAUCUAACGAUGCUUCUAAUUCGUCCACAGUUUUCAAGACUUUGUUCGGCGAAGUUCCAGCUGCAAAUUCUCUCUUCUCCGAUGACAAUCCGUUCCACCGGAAAUUUCUGAAAACGCCGCUGCCAAUUGAAGAUUCGAGACUAGGGUUUGCAGGGAAAGAAAAGAUAGACGCCGAAUACGAGGCCAAUUUCGCGGAGGCGAAGAAGCAAAAGAAAAGGAAGAAAGCAAAAGCUGAGGGUGAAAGUUCCGGUUUUGAUGGUGAAGUGGUUGGGGAGAAGAGCAAUAAGGGUAAGAGAGAGAAACUGAAGGAGGGCGGUGAUAAUGGUGAGAAAAACAAUUUAGGCUCUGAAUCAGAAGAAACUGCGAGGAAAGAUUGUGAGGGAAAUGGUGAGAAAAGUGAAAAGAAGAAAAGGAAGAAGGUUAAGAGAGAUAAAGUUGAGGCGGAGUACGAGGCGAAGCGAUACGGUGUAAGUGGUGAGGUUGAUGAAAGUGAUGUGGUGGGAGAGAAGAAGAAAAUGGAAAAUCCGGAGGAUAUGGUGGUGGCAAAGGAAGGUUUUGAUGAUGAAGGUAAGCUGUUGAGGACUAUAUUCGUUGGGAACUUGCCGCUAAAGUUGAAGAAGAAGGAGAUAGCCAAGGAGUUUAGCCAGUUUGGUGAAGUGGAGUCUGUGAGGAUUCGAUCUGUUCCCAUUGUUGAUGGAAAAAUGCCGAGGAAGGGUGCUGUAAUUUUGAAGAAAAUCAAUGAGAAUGGAAACAGUGUCAAUGCUUACGUUGUUUUUAAAACUGAGGAGUCUGCUCAAUCAUCAUUGGCCCAUAAUAUGGCUGUGGUUGGUGGAAAUCAUAUCCGCAUUGAUAAGGCAUGCCCACCACGCAAGACAUUGAAGGGUGAUAAUCCUCUAUUGUACGAAAACAAAAGGACAGUCUUCUUGGGAAAUCUUCCUUUUGAUGUCAAGGAUGAGGAGAUCUAUCAGUUAUUCUCUAAUAUAAAAAAUCUUGAAACAAGUGUUGAAGCUGUACGGGUUAUCAGGGAUCCUGGAUCGAGCUUGGGGAAAGGCAUUGCAUAUGUGUUAUUUAAAACUGUGGUAAGAGCAGUAUGUUUAACCAAUGAUGCAUUUUCUUCGAAGAGGAUGAACACUUCUGAACCACAGAGCGAUAGUGCUAAGAAGUUCAGAACUCCAGAUGGUGGUUAUAAGGCACCAGCAAAGGCAAACGUCUCUUACCAGGGCUUGCACGCAAGCAAAUCCGGCGGACAGAAGAAGGUCCGUACAAAGGUAAAUACCAUUUCUGCCAAAUCAAAGCCUCAACCUGCUAGAGAGAAGAGUUCUGGGACGAAGAAACGGCCAGCAGUGGCUGCAAGGAAGGAAAAGGCCCUGCGGGCUGCUAAUGCUUCAAACGUAGCUGGAACGAAGCGGAAGGCAGGUAAUCCAGGCGCCCGUAGUGGUGGACAAAAGAAGAAAGCAAGAGCAUCCAGGUAAAAGAAUAAUAUAGGAGAUGUUCUUAUGCAACCACAGAAUUAGGAGAAUCUGUUGAUCUGAUUUCAACACAAGGCAUGCUAUGCCCUUUUUUAUUCUCCUUUUUUCUUAGUAUUUGAUGAGCUUGUCUUUAUGACUAUCCCUCUCAAUUUGAAGGUUUCUUCGAGGUGACUUUUUGCUAA